AUGGCAACUUAUUCAGCUCAUAACUUUAACAGUCAACACUAUGACGACUCCAGACCAAACUAUCCGGAACAGUAUUAUCAAGCAUUGAUGAAAUAUCAUUCGCAGAAGGGUGAUAAUCAACUUGCUGUUGAUAUUGGAUGUGGAUCAGGAUUUGUUGCAUUUAAAUUAUUGGACUAUUUCAAACAUGUAAUUGGAACCGAUCCAUCAACCACCAUGAUUACUCAAUGUAAGAAUAGCACUUCUGAAACUGAACAGAAAAGAAUUGAGUUUUUGAUUGGGACUGGUGAACAGCAUCCACCCAAAAUUGAAUCGAAUUCAGUUGAUUUAAUCACUGGUGGAGAGUGCUGUCAUUGGGUGAACCACGAAAGGUUCUUCCAAGAGUCUUAUCGAGUUUUGAAACCAAAUGGGACUUUAGGGUAUUGGUUUUAUAAAGAUCCUGUAUUUGUCGGUUAUCCAAAAGCAAAUGAAAUUUAUACUAAUUAUACAUAUAAUUCUUCAUAUGAUGUUAACCCAAAUGAUGAUUUCGAAAGAUAUAUGGGUCCUUAUUAUCAACAACCAGGACAUGAUUACUUAAGAACAUUAAUGAAAGAGAUCGAAGUACCAGCUGAUAAGUUUUACGACAUUACACGACAUGAAUACGUCAGUGAUAGGGAUGGUGUGCCAACAAGUUCAGAAGAUCCAUUUGUUACAAAGACACCGUUGUUUAUAUCAAAGAAAAUCACAAUGAAGUGGUUUUUGAAUUAUGUUAAGAGUUGGAGUGCAUAUCAUAAUUGGAUGGAUGAACAUGGUGAUAAAUAUGAUAUUGCGGAAAAAUUCACUGAAGAGAUUAAGCAAGCUAUGGGUUGGGAUGAUAACACUGUUGUUGAAGUCAUUUGGGACACUGUCUACACCUUUGCAAGAAAGAGAUAA